AUGGUUCUACACAUUUUUAACGAUAUCUUGUCCAUCAUAUUGGUCCUUGUGAUCAUCUACGUUUCUCAUUUUUAUUACAAAUACUUUACUCGCGAAAAUCCUAUCCCCGGACCUAUUCCCCUUCCUCUAGUUGGCAAUAUCUUUCUAGUCUUUAGGGAUUUCGGCGAUUGGCCAACUCAACUCCAAAAGAAAUAUGGGGACGUUUAUGAAACUUAUAUAGGCCCCCAGAGGAUUGUUUGGAUCUGUAGAGAAGAUUUGGCUCAAAAAAUGUCGAUACCAUCGGCUCGCAACAACUUUCACGGACGAACGCCCUCGGACAACGACGGCCUUAAAGAAAUUGGAUUUUUGGACUCCGGGGUUGUCUACAACUUGAAUUAUAAAAACUGGGAAUAUUAUCGAAGGUUUUAUGCGAGAUCGCUAUUAAAGCUAUCGUUUAUUGUUCAAGCCACGGAUAGCGUUCAGAAGAUAUUUAGAGAGAUGGAAGAUUAUUGGGAACUGCUUGGAGAAGAUACCGUAUUGAAUUUUCCCCAUUGGACCAAAAGAUAUUUUAUGGAUAACAUAUUUUUUAUGACCGCUAGUAAGCACAGAUACUCAUUGGCUAGCUAUCAUAAUAGUAUUUCGGUUGAUAAAAAGGUCCAUGUGCCCGAAAAUCACUUAAAGGAGGGCGACGCUCUCAUAGAUGCUGUUGACAACUAUAUGAUGUGUCUCAUAUACUUCCUAGCAUUUCCGAAACUUAUUAGAGAAUUCCCGGGAAUCAGAAUAUACACGAAAAAAUUAAAGGAAGGAUUGAACUGGUUAAAUAGGAAAGUCCAUAGCAUUAUCAAAGAAAGAAGAGAAGAGAUUGAAAAAACACCCGAAGAUCAGGAGUUGGCCCAUGAUUUAUUAACAAUGUUUAUCACGAUAAAUACGCCACGUGAUAUUACCGAAAAAAUUGCGGAUAGUUUACACGACAGACCUAUGACUGAUGAAGAAAUCUGUGGACUCUUUAUAGAAAAUUUGUCAGGUGGAAUCGAUACGUUGGCCAAUACAACCAGCUUCAUAAUACAUUAUCUGUCUCGUUAUCCAAAAGUUAAAGAAAGACUGAUAGAAGAGGUUGAUCGAGUCGUGGGGAAAGAUCUGAACCGGAAUAUCACUUAUGAAGAAGUAGGAAAACUCGAAUAUUGUGAAGCAGUAAUUAAUGAAUGUACACGAAUAUUCUCAACUUUUCCCAUGGUAGCCAGAAGUAAUACAAAUCCUGAUGAGAUUGAUGGCGUGAAGAUUCCUAAGAAUACACAAUUCUUUGUUAAUUUACAAGGAAUUCACAGGCGUGAAUCUUUAUGGACGAACCCGGAAGAAUUCAAUCCGGAUAGGUUCUUAAAUAAACGCAAUUCGGAAGUUAAAACCCAUCUUUACACUUUUGGUAGUGGACUGAGGAAGUGUCCCGGAAGGAACUUGGCGACGUUAGAGUUAAAACUCACAUUGGCGCUAUUAUACAGAAAGUAUGAUGUUGAACUGGUGAAUAGGGACGCCCCGUUAAAAUACUUUACCACCAUUCUGAGGACUUGCAGUGAGCUGAAAGUUCGGAUCAAGAGAAGAAAAUUUUAA